CAUUGUCAACUACUGUCAAAAUAGUCGAAUUUUUGCCGAAAACAAAAUUUACGAUGAUCUCAUUAGAAUUUCAUUAACUAUUUUAAUAGACUCCUAAUUUAAGUGUUAAUUUGUUCUCAUGAAAUCUACCAGCAAUGCAACAGUCACCAUUUGAAAAUAUUUUCAAUAUUAUCGGAGGUUUGUCGGAGGGCAAUGAAAAGCCGAUGAAACAUGGAUUUUACAAUGCCUUCGCCCUUUUUAUUCUUGCGAUUUGUUGUGCGGCGUUCUACGUCCUAUUUUUGAUUUUGGAACCUUUUUUCAAACCGCUAUUUUGGGCACUGCUUGUUGGCUCGCUACUGCACCCAUUCAAGUACAAACUUUCUAAGAAAAUCAAGACAUGGUUCGAGGGACUGGAGAAGUCGAACUCGUCUGUGCUAUGUGGGUUGAUGGUGAUACCAGUCAAUAUUAUUAACCACGCGUCUGACUCUGUUGGGCAGCAGUUUAAAGAACAUUAUAAGACUGUAAUAGGCUUGCUAUCUGCAAUAUUUAUUUUACCAUGGAUCUACAACGCCAUACCGAGGAGCUUUGCCUGCAUUUUCUGGCAGCUUGUCAGUUUCAUCAGCUUUACCACAACACUUCUCAUAAGACUAUGCAGCUCUUACAUUACAUUAACAUUUGCUCUUGCAUACUUAAUAAGUGUAUAUUUUCUCUGGAGUCCUGCAAGAGCUGGAAUAUUUCGGAUGACCUCUCACAUACUCUGGCUGGUGGUAGCCAGCUUCCUCGCUAACUUGGCUGGAUCAUACAAAGUGUACAUGUUUAUAUUGCUCCAAGCAAUAGGUGUCACUGGAUUUGUACUAGAAAUAUUGUAUGUUCAUAAACAAUUGCUAUUGAAAGACCCAGAGGCUUCAGUACUCACAGCUUUCCAUGCUGUGAUAACAAAUCGCCACAUUGAUAGUGGUGGAUUAGAAAAGAUAGAUGAAAAACCUGAAGAGGCAAUACAAGAAGUUAAUGAGAAAGAUUCAACUAAAGAAGUUGAUUCUCCUGUUACCCCAGAACAAGCAGUAAAGAGAGGAAGUUGGACUGAAAGUGACCCCAUUCAGAGUCCUCAACGACAAGCAAAACUUUUAUUUAAAACUAGAACAUUAUCGGCACUACCGUUACCGAGUCCAAAAUCGAAAAUGCCUUUCGAAAACCGCCUUUUAGCUUCCUUCAAACAGAGGUCUUUAGAUGAAAAUUAUAUCAGAAAUAAUUUCAACGACGAUGAAACAGCUCUGUACUUCAAAUUACUUUUCUUUGGAUGCUUUUGCAUGUUGAUAUGGAAGUAUAUUUGGUUACUGCCUGUCAUGUUGUUCUUUUUGGCCAUCCAUAUUAUCAAGAUAUUGCUCAACUUUUUUGGAGUUUGGUUAUUUUUUGAAAACCAGUACAACAAUUUGAUGCUUAAGGUUGGCGGCUGGUGGAAUGACAGGAAGUCAGCGUUGAUACCCGCGGAAAUCCGUGGCAUACGCAAGAUGCUGUCGAUAUGUAACCGCAGCGUCAUAGAUGUGGCUUAUGAGUCCAUUGACACGGUGUCAACGUGCAUUGUGAUCGUUGGCCUGAUACUGUUUGUAGCUGUUACUACUAUUUUCCUAUGCAUUCAGAUAUACUCAGAAGCUAUAGUAGUGGUACAACUCAGCGGAAGUCUUCUAAACAGUACAUUUGUACAGAACAGCGAACUGCACGCAUACUUGCCAGAAGGAUGGGAGGAGAAGUUAGAUUCACUUAUUGACAACGCUUACACAUAUGGAAGGGAAGGAAUCUCUACCGGGAUAAUGAGAUACGUGAAGAGCAUUCUCAAAGAAGGCGAUCCCGAGAAGAUAGCGCGCGUAGAGCAGCAGGUGCUAGAGCUGUGGGACCGCGUGUACCAGAGCUGGGUGUCGGGCACGUUCGCCGCACAGCUGGGCCCACAGGUGGACGGCUCGGCGGUGCAAGACUCUUGGGACAGUCUAGUGAACGACGUAUCUUCUUCCUCUGGCAUGUUCGACUACAGCGGCGUAGUAGCGUGGGUGCAAGCCAACGUUGGCACGCUGAGCGCCAUCGCCACCGGCGUGUGGGCGCCGCUGGCCAGCAACGUGUCGCUGUUGGCCGGCUCGCUGGGCGCUUUCACUUCGCUGCUGCUGUGCGGAGGCGGCGCUAUCAUUAAUAUGUUUAUCAAUUUGGUGGUUUUCUUCACAACACUGUUCUAUUUGCUGGCGUCCAGCAAUGCGCUCUACAAGCCCGUGGAAGUUAUAACUCGUGUACAGCCGAACUUUGGGCCGAGGUUGGGCAUCGCAUUGUCUGUUGCUAUUAAUCAGGUGUUCAGAGCUUCCUUCAAAAUGGCGCUUUUUUACGGGCUGUGGACUUGGCUGGUACACAAUUUGUUCGGCGCCAAAGUUGUUUAUUUGCCAUCAGUUUUAGCAGCCGUGUUAGGCGCGGCUCCUUUCCUCGGGCCGUACUUGGCAGGUAUUCCUGCUGCACUCGACGUGUGGCUACAAGGAAGGCCGAUGGCAGCCUGCCUUCUGCCCAUCGCACAAGCUGCCCCCAUCGCCUUCCUGGACGCAGCGGUUUACGCUGAGAUAAAAGACGGCGGCCAUCCCUACGUGACAGGGUUAGCCAUAGCCGGUGGUAUCUUCUACUUGGGUCCCGAGGGUGCAAUCCUGGGGCCCUUGCUACUGUGCUGCCUCAUGGUGGUGCUCAAUUUGUCUUCCUCGUUCCUUCGAGACACCCCGUCGGAGGAGCGUGCCGCAUUACAUUCACGCGUCAGGUCAUUAUUGGAAUGUUUUUAAAGUGAGGUGUGUAUUGUUUAUAAUGUUAUAUGUGUUUGUGGAGUCUGAGCACGUUUAUACAAUCAACAUAUUUGUUCAUGUAUCAAGCACGCACUGUUUCAUUAAAACUAAAAUAAAACUGUUUCAUUACUUUUUUCCAUUCGCCGGUUUUUGCUGAAAACUCAAAAUACAUCCAACAAUAAAAAUGCUAAAGCCCUUAACGAAACCUAUAUUUGCGUAACCAUCACUAUACACUAAAAAGCUAUUUUCCAUUAUCCAUUGUCCAUUAUAUUAUAAACUAGCCGACGCCCUGCGGUAUCACGCGCGUAGGUCCCGUUCCCGUGAGAAAACGGGGUUAAUAUAGCCUAUGACACUCACAAAUAACGUGGCUUUAUAGUGGUAAAAGAAUUUUUAAAAUCAGUUUGUGGAUCCAGAACUACCCUCUACAUUACCACAAACUUUAUCUCUAAUAAUUAUUAGUAUGGAUAAUUCAUGAAAUUUUUUUUAAUGUCCAUCUUCGAUAUUCAUUUGUUGUUCUAAACUAUUUUAUUAUGAUAUAAAGCAUGAUACAUUAGUAUGCAUGGUUUUGAGUAAGAAGCAUGCAUUAUAGACUGCUAAUGAUGAUGAAUAAACAUGCAUGUGCAUGUAUUAACUUUUUUUUGUUUUCACGCAUGUCUGUUAUAAAUAUUAACAUUUAAAUCAAAUAGCUUUAUAAUAUUAAAGUAUAUGGAUAUUUCUUUACAGGCUCGGUGCUUAUCUGUGAACAUGCAUGGACUAACACUGUAACAAGUGGAGAGGUAAUCUCGCUAGGGUUUAACCCUGAAUUAAAAGGUUUAAAUCAAAAAUUGUUAAAUGAAAAAAUUGUUAUGUUGCCCUAGGGAGAAAAGAUGUAAUACAAUGACUUCUUUUCUCGGAAUUGGAAAACAUUAUAAUAAAUAAUACAAUAAGGUAACUGUUCCAAUGAUAGUAACAUUUCAAUUUUUAUCGUAAAAUAAGAAAAAUUUUAGUAAAAUCAUCACUUUUUUACAAUAAAUAGUCUUUUGUAAUGUAAAAAAAUAUCUCUUACAACAUUUCGUUAUUUUGAAGGAAGCGUCGUAUAAGCUUUUGGAAAAUGUGGUUCUGUAGCGCCAUUUUGUGACGAUGUUUUUAUAACUCGACAGUGUGAAUCUCUAAUUUCUAUCUAUUUCUCUAUCUAACAUGAUACUGUAGAUAGAGAGAGAUAGUGAUGAUUUCAGAAACUCAUUCUGACGAGUUAUAAAAUUAUCGUUACAACAGACAACAAUAAUUUUAUUUAAUCUAAGUUUGUGAAAUUAUUACCUAGCUAUGGCAAAGCCAAUUUAAAAGGUUAAUGUAUAAUAUUUAUAUUAAAGUGUAUUUGUAUUUAGGUAUUUAAAAGCAUUAUAUAUAUCGAUAAAGUUCUUAAGGCGUUCAAAUGCGUUUACAAAACCGACAACCAGUGCAUAUUAAUAAAUAUUUUAAGGGAAUAAAAUGUAGGUAAAUUAAACAAAAUAACUAGAGGGUUGUUAGUAAUGUUUGUUACGCUUAUUAAUAUUUUAAUCUUGAAUUUUUAUAUAAAAAGUUUUGAAUUUUUUUAAAUAUUCGUUUUAUAUUAUCAGUUACGAAUACCGUAAAACUUUAUAUUGCUGUUACUCGAAAUUGCCUUGUUACAGCGAGAGUUUUGGAAACUUUUAACAAAAAGUGUGAAUUUAAAUUGUAGGUAUUUUUUUAUUAUUUUAGUUACAAAUAUAGUAAUGGUAAUAUAUAUUUUACCCGAUAUUGCCUGCAGUGUGAAUUUCGGGACAAGUUUUAAUAAAAAUUGUGAACUUGAAUUAUUAAUUUCAUAAUACGUUUUAUGUUAUUUAUCAGUUAUCUUAUGGAUGAUAUUUAUAUAUUUUACCCGAUAUUGCUUGCAAUUUCUGGUUGAACUUACGAGAUUUUUGAAAAAUUUGUGAUCUUUAAGUUUUAUAUACAUGAUAUAUAAUUACGGUAGAUCAUUUUUAUACAUAAAAUACAUUAGGCUAUAAAUAUUAUGUCGUGAUAUAAGGAAAUGAUUACAAUAAGUAGGUAUGCCUUUCACAAUAAAUAUUUGUUUUCUGCCCCUGGUAGAUGCAUUUCUGUGACAAAUCAUAUAAAAAUAAGUCGGGUUUUCCUUCCUGACGCUAUAACUCCAGAACGCACGAACCGAUUUCCACGGUUUUGCAUUCGUUGGAAAGGUCUCGGGCUCCGUGAGGUUUAUAGCAAUGAAAAUUAAGAAAAAGGUAGGGGUAGGGUAGGGUAGUGGUAGAGUUGGGUAGGGGUAGUAGAAAGUUUACAUCGAGUUUCACGCGGACGAAGUCGCGGGCGUCCGCUAGUUCAUUAUAUUUGUAGCAAACCCUACCCCUAUUUUUCAUUAUAUUAUCAUUAUAUUUGUACCCUGAUUUAUUUAUAUAAAUAAUUAGGUUUAUUGUAAUAUGAGCCAAAAUUAAGCUUAUGCCUUACAUGCAUGCCAAACUAACAUUUUAACAGUCAUAAUAAAGUUGUUAUAAUGUAGCCAUAUUAAAAUAUUAUAUUUGACAUUUAAUUAUACUUAAUUUUCGUAACAGUCAUAAUAAAGUUGUUAUAAUAUAGCCAUAUUAUAAUAUUAUAUUUGACAUUUGACGUUUAAUUAUGACUGAUGUAUGGUUAAUUUUCGUAACAGUCAUAUUAAAGUUGUUAUAAUAUAGCCAUAUUAUAAUAUUAUAUUUACAUUUGACGUUUAAUUAUGACUGAUAUAUGGUUAAUUUUCGUGUAAGUGUUUUCAUAAAAUCAUAUAUUGUAUAAUGCCUAAUGAUUAAGAUGGUAACAGUCAUAAUAAAGUUGUUAUAAUAUAGCCAUAUUAUAAUAUUAUAUUUGACAUUUGACGUUUAAUUAUGACUGAUGUAUGGUUAAUUUUCGCAACAGUCAUAUUAAAGUUGUUAUAAUAUAGCCAUAUUAUAAUAUUAUAUUUACAUUUGACGUUUAAUUAUGACUGAUAUAUGGUUAAUUUUCGUGUAAGUGUUUUCAUAAAAUCAUAUAUUGUAUAAUGCCUAAUGAUUAAGAUGGUAUUUUAGAAAGAGCUAGAUACAGCUGCUAUCCUGUCAUACUUAACCGCGCUACCGAUGUUCAGUUUAAAUUGAACAGUUCAACUGUUCAGUUAAAUCGUACGUGUGUAGUGUCCGUCAGUUUUAACUUAAUUGUACAGUUUUUCCUUAUGAUGUUGGUUAGAUAAAACUGUACAGUUAAAACUGAAUGUAUGUGCAAGCAACAGAGAUGACACGAUACAAACUCGAAGCUAAGAUUACAUUCUCUUUCUGGCGCUCGAUUAAAAAUUCUCAAUAUUUUACCUAUAGAUAUUAUUUUUUAUGAUGACCGUUUGGUUUAGCUUGUUUUAGUAAAGUUUACAGACAGACACAUCUGUAGGAAACUGAAGGAACGUCAGUCACGACGUCACAAUUUUCAUUUUCCAUAUUUUUAUUACAUCAUCCAAACCACCUCCUAUGUAAAUAUAAUUAAAAAGCAAAACCUACCAAACAAAAAUGGGUUGUUGUUUUGCUAACGCUCUUUUAGCGUUACACACAAACGCUAUUGUCCUGUACAGUUUACCAACACAAGCAAAGCCAUUUAUCAUAAAACAACAACAGACUUCUAAGAGUCACGCAUAGGAGACCGACGAGGAUGUCUAAUUUUUAAAAGCCGUGAAAAUAUAUCUGCCAAUCACAGCGCGAUUCCAUCUGCUGUAGAUUGUUAUAUAUAUGAAUCCGCUGCGUCGCGUCUGAGCCAGAUGGCCAUGUACAGCAGAUAGUCUGUUCUCUAAAUAAAAUCUUAAAUUAACGGAAUAAGGUCUAUAUUACAUUAGCUUGUGCAUUCAAUUUACAACAGCGGUGUCCCUUUUCAACUAAUUUGGCCGAUGUGAUUUAAAAAGUGGUAGAACUGUAUGUAUGCCAAACUUCUAGUACGCUCUGAAGUUGCAGCACGACGAACUUCGUGGAUAUUAUAAUUUAUAACCCCGCUGGGAUAUGUUUUUGUACACUGCUGUUAGUAUUCAAAGCGUGCUCGAAGUUUCGCGCAUACUAUAAUUUUUUUUUAAUGUGACUGCGAGAAAACAGAAUCUAAUCUAAACAAUACGUACCUCACUAUAUAUGUUAUAAUCUCAUUUUAAUUUUUAUGGUCCUGUAGUUAACAAGGAACUCUUAUUUAUCCUCUUAAAGUAGGUACUAAGCUCUAUGUAAACUUGUUAAUACUAUAUUUCAAUUUCGUCACAUUUAAAAGUGGCAAGCUUUAGCACUCCGCACUAGUCUUAAAUCUCAAAAUGUCAAUUGUUUUAAUCUUAGGUUUCGCUACUUAUAUCUAUAUUGGAAUGUGUUCUACCCUCCAUUAUGUGUUAAUAUGAUAUGGCUCGAUGGCUUAUAACGAAUUUAAAGUAUGAAAUUGUUUAUCACAGACAUCACAAGCAAUUCUAAUGCUAAUUGUAGAUCUAGACGUCCGAAUAAGGUCCUUUACGAUUCUGACGAUGACAUAACGAACGAAAACACUUUCCAGGCAACACAAACUACACAGCAUCUUCGACGGCGAAGAUGAAGUCUGAUAUGUGACGUCACCCAGUCUAGGGUAUUUUUAACACACUAUUUCGGGGGCGCUCGGACUGAUACACUCAGAACACACCCUUCCAGAACGGCCCUCUAAAUCGAGGUCCGAGUCUCAGAGGAGACAACCUUAGAGAGUCGUUUCGCACAUUUUUUCUGCUUCUGCCUUCGAGCACCAUCAAGCGAUGUUUCUACGCUCGCCCGAACCCACCGGUGACGCCGCUGAGGUUUCAUUAAGGAGCCUACAUCACAGAAAACGGCACAGAAACAGAGAAAAAGGACAACACAAAAAGGAAAUUAUCCUAACAUUUGAACUGAAAAUUCUUCCAGUUUCUCACAUUUCGCAAAUCUCAAAUCAGCUAAAUCUUGUUAUUUCUAGCUUCUAUGAAAGCAAAACUGAAAAUGGUUUUACCCAAAGUUAAAACACUUUUUGCGCACAAGAAAAAUAACCACUAUAACAUCACUUAAUAUGAUAACAUCACAUAAUAUGAUAUAUCUAAUCAAUAUAGAGUUUUUACAAUUUCUGUCUUGACUAAAGCAAUACACUAAAUUCGUUAUACGCUCGAGUUACUUUGUAAUUUGGGGACAGUUCGGUUCCAGCUGUCUUUGGGAAAUCUAAAAUUUUAGUGUGAUUUAACUACUGACGAAUCAAAAUAUAAUUUACGAAUAGUUAAGAAUCCUAAAGGCUCUGGGAGCUAGCAGGUUUCAAAAGUCCAGACAUCAUAAAUCUGAUAGAUUUCCUUGAAACUGCUACCACUUAACUAUCCCAAUUAAGUUAAAGCGGUGCCUAGUUUAUGUAGGUAAGGGCCCUUUAUUAUUAUUUCGGCGUUUUAAGCGUGUAUUAAAAUAAUAAUUUAAUUAAUUAACUUUUAAAUAGUAUAAAGUAUCGAACAGUAAACCUACCUUCGCAUUGUCCAUUGUAUUUGUCGCAUUGUCCAUAUAAGAUAGUCAAAGACAGUCAUAGUUUUAAAUGGUUUUAUGAUACAUACCUUAAUUAUCAUUUAAGUGUACAGGGUUACAAUUCAAACAAUUGCAAUAUUUUGAAUUUAAUAUUUCGAAAGUUUUGAAUAUAAUUACCUAAAUCAUCAAAAUCAUCACGUGACACUAGUUUUGACUAGAGAUAGCUCUUGCAGUCCUUGAGUUUUGUGAAACUCGUAUGUAAUGGGUCCACGCUUUGUGUAUUUUUUGAUCUAUUUCUGAAAAUAUUGUAAUUGAAUGAAAAGUAACCCUGUAUAGGCACAAGCGCACGUCCUAGUAAUGGUGUAGGUAUUGUCGAUGUGGAAUCCGUGACACUUGAAAUGGCAAGUUUUAAGGUCCGUUUAUAUCUAUUUACAGACAUAUAGCGUGCCGUGGCAGACAAAAUAAUAUUCUUCUAUAAGUAUAGUGUUUAUUAACGUAUUUGUAUCUAUCGUAUCGCGGCCGCGCAGACGUUGACAGACACGGGCUGCGCUCAGACAGUAUUCUCGGAAAGAAUAUUUUGUCUGUGCGGUUCAUGUCUGUAGAGUCAUUUUCAUGAAACCUGAACUAAAAUUGACAGCGCCUUACACAAAUGACAAUAAGACAGCCAUUACCAAAUGACAAUGAGCGCCAUUAAGACAUUAGCGCCGCGUCUGGGGAACUUCUUUCAUGAAAAGGACUUUACGUGUCCCUGCUGGGCAGUGUAAUUAGACGGUGCGUGUCUGUGGGUGUCUGCCACGCUACUUGUCUGACUGUGUCUAUAGAUUUAAACGGACCUUUAUUUUUGACGUAGACACUGCGCCAUGAAAGACGUCCUGAACUAAAAUUGACAGCGCUUUACACAAAUGACGAAGAGUCCCAUUAAAACAUAAGCGCCGCGUAUACGGGACUUGUUUCGUGACGAAGUAUAAUUGCGAAGGGACACCUUAACUUUUUUUUUAGUGGAGCCACGGAUUCCGCAUAUCUACGCAAUGCUAUGUCAUAUACGAAGGCCUUACCCUGAAUUUACUUGUUCUACCGUAAUCCAUGCAUGACAAUACGUCCAUGUACUUUACGUCUAACAAUUGUCACUUUGAAAAAAUUAUCAAUCUUUUACACUUGUUCUCUUUUACCUAAAUAGUAACCCAUAUGAAAAUAAUCAUAUUAUAAUUAAGCAAUAUCUUGUACGUUAAUUAGCAGCUAUUUGUAAAAAUAAACUAUACUCAAUAUUCAAGAAAAACGUAAGCCCUUACCAGUUCAAGAAGAAUCGUCCAAAAAUUUAUUUAUACGCAAUUAUUGUAUUGUUAUUUAUUAAGUAUUCAAUGCACGCAUACUCAUAAGCGAAAAUAAAUGUAAUUGAGUUGCUUUUUUAAA